CAUUACUCAUUACCUUUUUGAAAUUGUGACAUCCAUUUUUUAUUUUUUUUUGCCUAACUACCUAGCUUAUAAGCUACCAAUUAAUACUACUCAACUAGUAUAAAUUUGUACCUUUCAUCACCAAUAUUUCCUUAACUUAUGUACCUCAUUCUUACUCUUUUAUCCUAGAAAGAAAGUUACGUCAAAACCAUGGCUCAUGUUAAGUUAUCUCUUUUAUUCCUUGUCUUCCUUGUCCUCUCUUUAUCUUCGUGUGAAUUGGUCACCGGAGCGUUCUCUAAUAUCGGUGUUCAACCUCGCUCUAUCGUGAGUCCGCUCUUUAUCCAACCGGUUGGGGUGACAAAGAAAUCAAGAAAACUGCUAGAAGGUGAUGAUUUAGUGCAGCUGGACUAUGAUUAUGCAGGAGCAAAUCCUAAGCAUGAUCCUAGGAGAGGAAGAGGUGGUGGCAGAAACCCUUGAAUGCUUAUCUUCAUUAUCUACUUAAUUGAUAAUUAUUAUUUUUAGAAGUAAUAAUAUAUUAUAUAUAUAUAAGUAGCUUUAAUUUCUUUUUCUCUAACUCUUUAAUCAGAGGGAGAAGGAAUUUUGAUCUAUAUGUAGUAUUUGAUAAGAUGAAAUGAUGCAAAUUUAAUAGCAUUUAUAUAGCAUUAUUAGUAUGAUGUAAGAUGAACUUAAUUAUAAAAUUAUGUUAUAAUUAAGAAUAA